AUGGAUGAGUCAUCCUCCGUGUUGGAACAAUUCCGGCAGCAGUGGAAAGCAGAAGUGAGUGCACGGUCAAAGCAACCAGACAAGAAGCCAUCAGAAACUCGAUCAGUGGAGAAGGCUCGAAGACCGAGCGAUGUCAGGGCUGAUCGGCCUAUCCACAAACCGCCCACCCGUCAUCCGGCAGCCGACAUCAAAGAUGAUUCGGACCACUACAGCAGUGAUGCUGGCCAGAACGACACUCCCAGCUCAAGCAUGAUCCAGCGGAUCGAAGGACUGGGGACUCGACAUGUCGACGACGAUGAUUUCAGCGCCAGAGGGUCGACCAAGGAGCCGAAAAGCGCACUCGAACAUUUUGAGCGUGCGGUGGAGAAGGAGAGCCAGGGCAGUCUGGGAGACAGUCUCUCUCAUUAUCGGAAAGCUUACAGAUUGGACGCCAAAGUUGAUCAGUCGUACAAAAACAAGCACUUCCCGACCAAGUCGAAACCCACCAACUCAAAUCCCUCGAAUGCGUCGGCGACGGUCCCCUCAACCGCCCACCACCCAUCUGAAGGACCCAAGCAACCAUUGACCUUGACCUGGUCCGAAUUGAUCGAGAGCUUUGCAGAUGCCGAGAUCAUUGGUGCUGAGCCGAUCAUAGAGGGCGAUAUUCCUCCGCCCUGUGGGAUCAAAGAACUCCCCGCGGAAGUCCUCCUGGAAUUACUACAAGCCAUCGGGAUUCGCGAUCCUGCACUGCUCAUGCGGCUUUCACUGGUAUGCAAAAAGUUGGCGUAUAAUCUUCACAAGGACAACGCCCUUUGGAAGCGUAUCGCACUCGGUCCCGAGUUUGGUCUCGCCAGUCAAAGGUACAACUUCGUCACGGAUCUCCAAGGACGGGAGGCUGUUUAUCGAGUCCUAGAGGACGAGGGCGAUCUCGAAGACACGUUGGUGACCGAUGUGUAUUUUCCCAAGCAAACCAUCUGGCAGGACGUCUUCCACAACUACCCACGCAUUCGCUUCACAGGCGUCUACAUCUCGACAGUCAACUACACCCGUGCCGGUGGAUCGAGCGCAACCGCCAACACAUGGAGCAAUCCCAUCCAUAUUAUCACCUACUACCGCUACCUCCGAUUCUUCCGUGACGGCACGUGCAUAUCCCUCCUCACGACCAACGAACCCAUCGAAGUCGUCCACCAUCUCACCAAGGAGAACCUGGCGUUCGUGCGUGCGGGCACGAAGAAAGAACCCCCUUCACAUCCGUUGAAUUUCACCUCGAGCGCUCCCGCCCUGUUCAGAGAGACGGGCACUUCGUCCUCUGCCCCAGGCGCCGCCAGCAAUGCCGCCGCCGCGCCGCCGCCGUCCGCACAGCAAAUCAUGAAACACGCCCUGCGCGGCCGCUGGCGCCUCUGCCACCCAGGCCUCGACACGCCCAUCGUGGAGACACCGACAACCACAGCCGUCGAUACCACCACCGCCCCCACCGCUCCUGCAUCCACAGCCAUUCCAAACACAAGCCCCACACCGCCCAUGUCGCCCGGCGAUCUACACAUCGAGACGGAGGGCGCGGGCCCACGGUACAUGUACACGAUGCACCUGUCGCUGAAGUCGGCUGGGUCGGCGCGCUCCAAGCACACGACCAAGAACAACAAGCUGCAGUGGAAGGGUUUCUGGAGCUUCAAUGUCCUCACCAGUGAUUGGGCCGAGUUCCACUUGAAGAAUGAUAAGCCCUUCUUCUUCUCGAGGGUUAGAGGAUAUGGGCUGGGGUAUUGA